UGUCAUUUAAUAUUUAAUCCCGAGCGCAGGGAUUGGGGUGCCUUUUCCUGGAUGCUGCGAAAAUAGGAUUAGGGAGGGUUGAACGGUGUAACAGACCGCCCCCUAUAAACAAGUAACUGUUAUGUCUAUUGUGACUAUUGAACAGACAUAGGUCAACGAAAUCUAUCGUCCUACUACGACAGUUGUAAAACUAGCUAGCUAGUCUUUGUAAUAGCCAAAUAAUCAAUUGAAAUGGAGCGGUGGAAAGGCAGAGUAGCUCUCGUGACUGGAGCCUCGGUCGGGAUUGGAGCGGCUGUUGCACGGGCACUUGUCCAACACGGCAUGAAGGUUGUCGGAUGUGCCAGGAAUGUUGACAAAAUCGAGAAGCUGGCAGCAGAGUGCCAGAGCGCGGGCUAUAGCGGCACGCUGAUCCCCUAUAAGUGUGACCUGUCCUGUGAGGAGGACAUCCUGUCCAUGUUCUCUGCCAUCAAGACGCUGCACCUGGGGGUGGACGUGUGUAUCAACAAUGCAGGCUUGGCCCACAAUGAACCCCUGCUCAGUGGCAAGACAGACGGCUGGAAGAACAUGAUCGACGUGAAUGUCCUGGCCUUGUCCAUUUGUACCCGUGAGGCCUACCAGUCAAUGAAAGAGCGGAAUGUGGACGAUGGCCACAUCAUCAAUAUUAACAGUAUGGGGGGACAUAGAAUGGUACCUAGUGCAGAUGAACAUUUCUACUGUGCCACAAAAUAUGCUGUGACUGCUCUAACCGAGGGGCUGCGGCAAGAGCUACGGGAAGCAAAGACCCACAUCAGAGCCACGUGUAUAUCCCCUGGAAUAGUGGAGACUGAGUUUGCCUUCCGGCACCACAACAGUGAUCCAGAGAAAGCAGCUGCUGUGUAUGAGAGUAUAAAAUGUUUGAAAGCACAAGACAUAGCCAGUGCAGUCACAUACGUUCUGGGCGCCCCUCCUCAUGUCCAGAUCGGAGAUGUGCAGAUGAGGCCGGUGGAACAGAAGUCAUAGCAACAGAGCAGGAAGUUAAGCAGCUGGAGGAGCCAAUAGAGCCAAGCAGCAAGCACCAUUGUGACGACUCCUUAGCAACCCCUGCUGGGCAACGACAAAAACAAACAAACUAGUGUUCAACUGGAUUUGGACUGAAGGGAUCAGUUUGAGGAGGGGUGGAGGAAGCUGUGUGUGGUGGGGGGAUCUCUGGUCUGGAGAUGAGAGGAGGAGGAGUGAAGGAGAGGAGAGGGUGGGCAGGUACUCUUAACCACUACUGAAUUACUGUGAGUGCUGCUAAAACAUGGGCUUUGAUGUAUUGCUCUGACAGCCUUGUUUUAAAAUGAAGCCACUUCAAACUUAGGAGGAGAAGAAGGUUGUUGCUCCUGUUCUUAUGUGGUCAUCUAUUCAACAUGACCAUCCUGACAGACAGACAGACAGACAGACAGACAGAGGGAAGAGUAUGCCAUCAAUUGCACAUUAACGUUUAUUUUUUGUAGGUCAUAUUACAUAUAUGUUUAAAAUUAUGGAAGAAAACACUGCUGUUAUUUGUAUAAUUUUUUAUAUAAGUAUUUUAACUUUGAUUAUUGGUAGAUUUGGCUAAUAUACUGUACCCUCUAACCAUAGACGCUCAAUCCAUUUUUACUAUUUUGACUUAAUAACAAGCAGAUUUGGUUAGCCUGGUAUGUAUCAAGUAAGUCCCUCUUGUAUGUUUUUCAAAACUUAUGUCAACCAUCACAUUUUACAUUUACAUUUUUAGUCAUUUAGCAGACGCUCUUAUCCAGAGCGACUUACAGUUAGUGAGUGCAUACAUUUUUCAUACUGGCCCCCCGUGGGAAUCGAUCACCAAUCAGCAAAUGUGUAUAAGGGACAGUCAAGCAUGAUUACGCAACCCCAUCACUCCAUAAAUCAACCAUGUGAGAUAGGCCUAGAUUCAAUCAGAUCAAUCGUUAAGCGGCAAUAGCCGACACCUGCAUAGCUGAUGUUUUGGCGGUGUCGGAGGUGUAACAGCGUUGGAGCUGUCAAAUCGAUGAGCAGCUGCUCUUCGUCAUUGUCACGAAGCCACACCUGCCGGGAGAUGCUUGUGGAUUUGACAGCUCUAACACAGGUCCACCUCCGACACUGUCAAAACAUCCGUUUUGCAGAUGUUGGCUAAAGCGGAUCUGAUUGAAUCAGGCCCUUAAAUUGUUUUGCACCAUAGAGAUAGAUAGAAUACUCAUCUUUGUAUCUGUAUCAUUAUGGCAUCUGUGACAGUAUGGGCAGCAACACUGAGGCUAUCUUCAUUUUGAAGUAGUACAUUUUCUUCUUCACGAUUGGCUGAUCCCUCCUGAUGACCCGGUUGGACAUGACUCCAACAGGGUC